CCUUUGUUCGCUCCUCAGACUUAAGCACCUCUGCGUUCCUUCGGGGCUUCGGUGACAGCGUCCUCGCGCAGCCCAAGAAACCGAGGGGAGCGUCGGAGGUGAAAGGGGAGGGAGGGGUGAAGACAGAAGAGAAACAGGGGCAGAAAGCUGCCUUCUCCUCCCAGGCUCCUCGGACUCCGUCCCCUUCGCGACAUGUCGCGAUCCUUCUAUGUCGACUCUCUGAUCAUCAAGGACUCUUCGAGGCCUGCGCCCUCCCUACCUGAGCACCCUCACGGCCCCGAUUUCCUCAUCCCCCUGGGCAUGCCGUCGCCCCUGGUCAUGUCAGUCUCGGGGCCCGGCUGCCAGUCGCGCAAAAGCGGCACUUUCUGCGUGUGUCCACUCUGCGUCACCUCCCACCUGCACUCCGCGCGGACGGGCGGCGGCGCGGGCGGCGGCGGGGGCGGAGGAGGCGGCGGCGGCGGCGGCGCGGCGGGCGCCGGGGCUCUCCCCCUGCUCAAGAGCCAGUUUGCCCCCGGCCCCGGGGAUGGGCAGUUCUGCCCCCGGAUGAGCCAUGCCCAUCAUCACCACCACCAGCCGCAGCACCACCAUCACCACCAGCCCCAGCAGCCCGGGGCGGCGGCGGCGGCAGCGGCGGCGGCGGCGGCGGCCGCCGCGGCCGCUGCCCUGGGACACCCCCAACACCACGCACCUGUCUGUGCCGCCACCACCUACAACGUCACCGACCCCCGAAGGUUCCACUGCCUCACCAUGGGUGGCUCCGACGCCAGCCAAAUUCAGAACGGGAAGAGGAUGAGAACAGCUUUCACCAGCACCCAGCUCCUGGAGCUAGAAAGGGAAUUCUCGUCAAACAUGUAUCUUUCUCGGCUCCGGAGGAUCGAGAUCGCCACGUACCUCAACCUCUCGGAGAAGCAGGUGAAAAUCUGGUUCCAGAACCGGCGAGUGAAACACAAGAAGGAGGGCAAAGGUUCGCAGAGGAACAAUCACGGGGGCUGCAAGUGCGUCAGUAGCCAAGUUCACUACCCGCGCUCGGAGGACGAAGAGUCCUUAUCCCCUUCUUCUGCCAACGAAGACAAGGAGAUCUCCCCAUUAUGAGCUCCCCUUGCUCCCCGGGACCAGCUCCCGAGGUCUCUCCGUCCUGCCCUCCCUCUCCGGCCCCAUGAGCUUCCCUAGGGGGAGCAUACCUGGCAGGCGCAAAGGAAUCAUGGAACACACUGCAGAGGCGAGAGGAAAACGUGAACUCGGGCCAGGAAGUCUUCUCCAAGGUUCUGCACCUGCUGCUGCUGCUGCUGCUGCUGCAACCUCGCCAAGAGAACACCGGCCCCCUCCUUCCCUCCUCUCCCUGCACCGGGCUUAGCUCAUUUCAGUUUUUAUCUAUUUGGUUCGUGUUCAAUUCGCAGUCAUAGAUUUUUUUUUUAAAUGUAACUGAUUUAGAAGUCAACUAAAAAUCUUGUAUAACACAAAAAAGCAGGUGUUAUAGGGUGGGGGUUAUUUGAAUUUUAACACUGUAUUGGGGUUUUCCAAAAACAUGUCAUUUGCCCUCCGUUUUCAACAUCUCUUAUGACUGAACCUCGCUUUUUGUUUAUUUUAUUGUGCUUUUUUUUUUUUUACAGGAA